AUGAGCAUUAAGUCGGGCAUUCACGCGGAGAUGCGAAUGGCGUUGGACACCUUAACGGAGAUAUCCAAUGAACGAACGAUACAGGUUUCACUCGAUAAUUGCGAGGAUCUGGUUGAAGCAUUGAUCGAAUGUGCGGAGGAACAAGCUGAACUUCUUGCGGAGAAUGCAGCUGAAGUUUCUGAUGUUAUGCUGCUACCGUCGUAUGAAGAGGUUCUUCGAGGCUGCCGGCAAGAGAUGGAAGCCCUACUCGAUGUACCAGAGUUUGGCAGUCUAGAUUACGAGCUCGAUCGCGCCGUGGAUCGGUUAAUAUGUAUCACCACUAUUAUACGAAACUUUUCCUUUGCUGAAUCGAACCUGGCUUCACUGGGCACAAGAAACAUGCUGUUACGAACUCAUCAAAAUACCCUCGAUUUCAUGAAAGACGCCGUCAUUUAUCUCAGCAAUCUGUCUCAUUCUAUUCAACUUCCUGGAAAGGAUGAAGCACUCUGUUUAUUGCAUUUCCUCUUAUCUUUUGCCCCGACUCCUGUUCCAACCUCCUUCGGACCUAACACUAUCAUGUUCACACCGUACAACCCAAGCAUACACAGAUACAUGCCUGCUGCCGUUGACAGCUUGGCCAAGCUACUUGCACGAGACGACCCCAAUCGCACCUACUACAAAGCCAUCUUUGCCCAAGACUUCACCUCAACACCUCCUUACGAACUCCUAACCCGAACCUUUGGCCUCUCCAUCGCCGCAAUCCCAGAACACAUGCGGGGAAACAUUGUCGCCCUAGUUGACGCCCGCAAACCACUACUGAUGCAGGGCAUGCUUGCCGCCGAGCUCCUAUCCGGCUUCGCAGACAACAACCUCGCGCGCUCCUGGCUAGUAUCCUUAGACGGGUUCGCUAUCAGUCUUCUUCGCCUCGCCUGCCUCCUGAGCACAGAUCGCACAUCAGCGGCCGCGUCCUCAGCAGCAGUGUCAGCGCAGCACCGGCACGGCAGCCACCAGGCCGCACGGGCCGCUGAGGCGGAAUUCCAUGGCUAUGGAUCCAUCACGUCGCGGGCGCUGGCGGUGCUUGUGCGCCUUGCGCGGAAGUCAAGGAUGGCAGAUUCUGCCGGUAGUGGCAGUGGCAGUGGCAGCGGCAGCGGCAGUAGCAAUAACAAUGAUAAUACUGGGGGAGGAAGUGGACAUGGACAUGGACAUGCGCAUGGGAGUAAAGGGGGAGAAGUUCCGCUGGGGGUGCUGCCGAAGAAGGAGAAUUUCCUAGGCGCGCUUUUGACGCCGAAUAUUGACCCGAAUGUUGUGAGGCAGCUUUGUGAAUAUGCAGGGUUGGGGGAUUGA